AAUCUCUGUGACGCCAGAAAAAUGUUCAUCGGGGGAAUACCCCGCGAUACCAGUAAGCAAGCUCUUCUUGAAUACUUGACCCAAUUUGGCGAGAUGAUAGAUUUUACUAUUAAAACCUUUCCAGACAGUGGUGUUUCCAGGGGGUUUGGAUUUGUGCUUUUUAAAGAUGGUGCCGCCGUUGAAAAGGUGCUCCAAGUCAAAGAGCACAAACUGGAUGGCAAAACAAUCACUCUUAAAAGAGCUAAAGCCGUAGAAGUUGAACCUCCGCCAAGAAGAGUUUUUGUCGGGGGGUUGAAUCCUCAAACGUCUGAAGAAAAAAUCAGAGAGUAUUUUGGGGCAUUUGGUGUGAUUGAGAAUAUUGAUCUUCCAGUGUCUCCAGGAACAAACAAAAGACGAGCUUUCUGUUUUAUCACAUAUACUGAUGGAAAACCAGUGAAAAAGCUGUUAGAAGCCAGGUACCAUCAGAUUGACUCUGGGUGGUGUGAAACAAAAAUUGCACACUCGAAAGAAUAUUUGAAGCCACAACUCAGAAGAAGAAGAAGAAAUGUUCCAUCUGCCAGGCCAGGCAACAGCCGGGGAGGAAUAAGCUCCCAGGCAAACCCAAGUGCUUGCGGGGCAAACCCAAGUGCUUUUGGGGCAAACCCAAGUGCUUGCGGGGCAAACCCAAGUGCUUUCGGGGCAAACCCAAAUGCUUUUGGCGCAGACCCAAGUGCUUGCGGGGCAAACCCAAGUGCUUGCGGAGCAGACCCAAGUGCUUGCGGGGCAGACCCAAGUGCUUUUGGCGCAGACCCAAGUGCUUGCGGGGCAAACCCAAGUGCUUUUGGCGCAGACCCAAGUGCUUGCGGAGCAGACCCAAGUGCUUGCGGGGCAGACCCAAGUGCUUGCGGGGCAGACCCAAAUGCUUUUGGCGCAGACCCAAGUGCUUGCGGAGCAAACCCAAAUGCUUUUGGCGCAGACCCAAAUGUUUGCGGGGCGGUUGGAGGCGGCGGUGGCAGAAGCCUUUCUACUGUUUUUAUGCCUGUUCCCUUCUCAGCCUGUUAUGAAGGGUUUAAUUUUUGUGAUCAAAUGUAUGGCAAUUUCUAUAUUGCCUACAAUAAUCAGCCAAUUUUUAAUACCUAUGGUGGACAUUAUUUUGUUGGCCAUAGCUAUGGGAUCCAUGGGUAUGGAACUGCAUUUACUCAUUAA